UUGUUUUGAUUUAACUGUUACACAGCCUUUUUCACUUUUGUUACUAGAAUACAUUCGUAGGUUUUUGACACGAAAUAACACAAGAAACGUACACAGUUGUUACUUUUAAUCGCUGCAGCGGUGUUCUGCACUUUUAGUACACACCACUCUCUGACCCUUUGGCCAGUACCCAGUACAGAUAUCCAAAUUAUUGGUUUAAAUCGUAAUCCGUUCGGGUCGGGCGAGCAUCGUUCCGAGGCAGGGAGGAAGCGGAGGAAGGCCGUUAUCCCCCAAAAAUAGUGAAAAACUUGAAUCCCCGGUUUGGAGACGCUCCGCCUCUGGUUGGAUUAAUUGGAUUUUGGGACAGCGCAUCAUCAUCUCCCAGAAACGAAGCCGGAGCGUCCAAGAGCCAGCUUAAUUGGCUUAGCCGGGCGGAGGGCACUCGUUGUCGUUGUCGUUGUCGGUGUCGGCGCCUGGCUUAUGAAAUGGGUGUGCACCGGACAACUGCACCGAAGGAAUCAAGAUAAAAAACUGCACCAGCCUGCCUUUAUCGUGUUAGUGAGAUUGCACCAGCUUAGCCCAAAUCCCCAACAGCGCGACCUUGCGACAAAGCCUCCAGCAAUUGUAUCCAGCAAUGGCGAUGAAUUCUGCAGAACCGGACGCCACCUCGGCUCCAGCCGGCAAGUCGAAGUCGAUGCGGACCAGAAAGCGGCGACAGCGCCGGAGAAGACAGAUCGCCUACCUGGUCAUUUGUGGUCUGAGUGUCGUUAUUUUCGGCUUUGCCCUCUCCACGCUGAUCCGUCCAGCGGCCGCUCAGGAUUCCCCAGAUGAUCCAGAUCAGCCACCGGAUCAACCAUCAGAUACACCACCAGACACACCGCCAGAUGAUGAUGAUGUUGAUCUUAAUGGACCCUGGCGCAAAGGAUACGCCGGACACGGGACCACCCACGAACAGUUGGGCCAGCCCCAUUAUGCUCCCGUGGAAUACAGCGCCUACACGCCAACGUCCAACUAUACGGAGGAGCCUGGGCCGCCCACCUCGGCCAUGAAUUCCGUCUACAACUUCACGCACUUUCUUUACGACAAAAUCAUCUACAGAAAUCAACCCAUACCGGAUGGCUAUAUUAUCAUCAAGAACGGGGACACCUUGGCCCUGGGACCCAAAGUGGAGCAGAACGACUGGCGCGACUUGCUCCGACACUACUGGCUGCUCUUCAUCAUUGUGUUCGUGCUGUUGCUUCUGAUAAUCAUCGUGCCAUUCAUUGCUGUUUGUUAUUGCUGCUUCUGCUGCUGUCGCCGGUGCCGUCAAGGCUGUCCGCCCUGUACGACCAAGCAGGAUGCCCAAAGACGAUUCUGCUGUGGCAUCUGUCUCCUGCUCCUCAUCAUUGGCCUGAUCUUUGGCAUCAUCAUUGCUCUGGUUACCAACAGGAUGCUGGACGACGGCUUUGCCGAAACCACAGAUACUAUGCAGCGCGGCGGCCAGGAUACGUGCACGUUUUUGAAAGACGUAAGCGACCACAUGUACCACUUGAUGGUCUACAACUACGAGGAGUUCGAGACGCACGUCACUGAUCAACUAAACCAGGCCCACAAGCACAUCCUUUUGGAUUUGGCGGACACAUCCGAAAGCAACUCGUUGGCCGAGCUGGAGCGCAUAUUGGACAAUAUGCCGGAGGCCCUUCAGCUGAUGCGGGAAGUGGAGAAACUGGAAACGGACCUGCGGUUCUAUGGCGCUCAGUUACGGGAUGGUGUUCGAGGCAUUAAACGGGACAUCAACUUCGCUGUGGCCAAUCUCUGCCAACUUCAGGCGUGUCAGAAAUUCCUGAUCACCAGCAACAUUGAGUACAUAGACACAUCCGAAUGUUUACAUUUUGACAAGAUGCCUAAUACAUCGUCUUAUGUUAAGGGAAUGGAGGAUAUAGUGAAUGGCAAUUAUCAUCUUAUUCCCCAAGCGGCUCUUGCGCGCAUGCAGAAGAUAAACGGGAAAGUAAUGGAGCACAUGACGAACAUAAUCCCGCCCAUAACGCAGAACUUGGGCAAGGGCAGGGCGACCUUCCGCGACACAGCCACAGAACUAAGGAAUAAGGUUGAUGCUGUGAUAAGUGAUAUUCACCUGAAGACUGUGCGAUCCUCCAAGUCCUUUGAUGAUAUCUACGAGAGAUUUGGACCGGACCGUUCCGUAAUGAGUCUUAUCGCCUGCAUGCUUAUACUGCUGAUUCUAUUUAUCCUGGUGGUGGCACUGCUGUGCGGUUGUUUUGGACGCCGAAGGACAGGAUAUGGAGACGACUGUUGCAGCAAGGCGACAGGCGCAUCUUGUUUACUAUUUGCUAUAUUGUUAAUAUUCUGCGUUUUCUCGUUCCUCACUCUAAUUGGGCUUUUCUACUUCAUUGUGGGCUUCGUGGCGUACCAGGGUGCCUGUGCGCCACUAAGAGAUCAGGAAAACAACGCCUUCUUCCGCCAACUGGACUCGACUAUCAAUCUGAAUGACUAUGCGCCCGCCGUGGGCGAUGAUGACCGGCCUCCGAUGCGGAUGUCGGGCACGAUAAAGGCAUGUCAUGCCAACCAGACCAUUUUUAAUGUGUUGCGCGAUCACCAUGUCUACGACAUCCGAGAGCUGGCUCGCGUAAAAGUCCUGACGGAACCUGACGACGAUUCUGAUUCGUCCAAGUUCUUCGAUGAGGAUCUCUCCAACACAGUAUUGUUGACUGACGCAGAACGCAAAGAUCUGAACACUGUAAAAGAAACAAAUUUGUCCGCGUACCACAGCGCCAUGUACUUGAUGAACCUCUGCAACCAGUUUACCCCCAUGAAUCUGAACGCUCUCGCCGAGCAAAUGUACAAGCUCUCCAACGAUCUCGAGUAUCCGACGUACGGCUGGGCGAAGGUCUCCUUCUGGAAUGAGGGCCUCAACACCAAGGCCUUCCAUCGAAACUUUGUACCCAAGCUAAAUAGCAUUGUGGAAAAGAUGAGGCACAAUCUAAUGAAGAUCGACGAACUGAUUUUGUAUGAGAAUCAAGAUUUUGCAACCACCAUCAAAAUUCUGACCGAGACAGCCAUAGCCUCGGAGAAAUUUAUCAAGACCCGCGGCAAUGAUUACAUAAAUACGAUCAUCGACAACAUGACCGAAUCCAUUCACGAGAACUACGACAAGUACGUGGACAUGGUAAUUAAUGAUGCCGAGUAUAAUGUGGGACACUGUGCGCCGUUGGCGUACAUCUACUACCGCGGUGUUGACCACAUUUGCCAUCGUAUAGUGGACCCUAUUAAUGGUUUCUGGGUGGGCAUCCUUCUGUGUGCGCUGCUCCUCUUGCCGAUCCUGUUUGUGGCCCAUAAACUCAUGUGCUUGUACAAGAAGAUCUAUCCGUUUCUAGCUGCCGUUGGAGCCGUCGGAGUAGUUGAGGGCGGCAGCGACUAUAUGUACGACGCUUACAGCGAACGCGAUCGUGAACACGUUCCAUUGGCAAAUGUCCCCAAGAAGCGACGCAAGGCCUACGAGCGCCGACGAGAGCAGCAGGACUACUACGAGGACGCCUCGCCCAGUGUGUCGCGCAACCGAUCCGGCGGAGAUCGUGGUGGCGGCGGCGGUGGUGGCCGGGAUGAUGCUCCCGGAAGUAGCAGCAUGCGCUACAACGACAUGGCGCCCACGCACUGGGACCACGAGCCGCCACGCUACCACAACCCGCCGGCUGCGCCGCCAUCGUCGGAGUACGAGCGUCCGCCGCCCUACUACUAUCCGGGGGCCUCUGAGCAGGACUAAGCCAGAGACGGAGCAAAGAGGAGGCAACACGAGCAAGAUUUUAUUUCUAACCAUUGCAGUAACCCGACCCCAACCCUUACUUAUGUGCCCCCUACUGAGACUGUACUUUUAGUUAAAAGCGUAAACGGAAAAUAACUGAAAUUAUAUAAUUUAAUAAGUAGUAUUGUAGCAAGAUUGUGUGGUAUCACUUUGGCCCGGAAAAGGGCGCGAGAGGAUAGCUAUUUAAUUAAGUUAGAGCCGAAGCAAACAUUCUUAAAAAUAUUGUUUCAUAAUUACUUUGAAAAUGUUGCCAAAAGACGAGGAGCACGAGCACGAGUCCGGAGUGGAGUUGAAGAUGAAGGAAGAGCCGAGCGGCAGGCGUCGGAUCUGAUGAGUCCCUUGAAGAAGUUGGCCAUUCGCCGGGCCGCACGGCGGCGGAAGCUUUAAGGAAUCUCAUAAUUUUAUUAUGCACACUCACAAACACACACACACACACACAAUAAACAACAAACAAGAAACAUAAAACAUAGAACAUACAACAUAGAAAAGUAUCUAGCAUGCAAAAGAAUAAUAAUAACCGAUCUAUGGAAUCUGUAAUCUUCCAGGAAAUCAAAAUCUGAGAGAAACGAAAGCAAAAUAUCUAGUACGAUCUAUAAAAAAACUGCCAUUUUAAUUUAGUAAAAAUCUGAGAAAAAGAGUCAAGGAGGAGAGUUAUUUAAUGCAUUUAAUGUAUUUAUUUUAUAAAAGGCAAGGCAAACACUUCCUUAAAACCGAAAAACUGCAAAAAAAAAUAUGGAAGCACUCAGACACUCAGACAGUGGAAUAAAUUCAAUAUUAUACUACCUAUCAGAUACAGAAAAUACCGCUACACGUAUUUUAAAACGUUGUCAUAGUUUAGUAAGUGAAACCAAAAGGAAAUCAUCCCCCAAAACCCUAAAGCAUUUAAACGUUUCCAAUUGUAAUGUCUAGGAACUAAGGGCAAGAAAGAUUAUACACGAAUCGACACUACAGAACACCCAUAUGGAUCGUAUUGUAUGGAUUACACAAUUACAUCAUUUUAGUAUUAUUAUACGAUUAAGAGUGUAUGUUGUAUUUUACGAUUGACGUACAUUGAAUGAUUUCCGCUUAAGUCAAGUAACCAUGUAUCAAUAUUGCCCUGUGCAAGUAAAGAUUAUCAAAUAAGAUCCUUUCAAACAAAAAAAAAAAAAACAAAAUUAAAUACAGAAGACCCCGAGUUGCCAGUCGACCAUCGAGCUACGUUGAUGGUUGCCUCAGUCGUUUGCAAACAUUUUUGUCAAUAAACUUCAAGUGGUUUUAUGUACGAACAUUCUCCCAA